AUGAGAGACGUCAUCAAGACAGAAGAGCUCGACAUCCCAGAGGGUGUUGAAGUGAACAUCAGGUCUCGCCUCAUCACGGUGAAGGGCCCCCGUGGUGUGCUGACGAAGAAUGUCCGGCACAUCGACAUGGAUAUUCGGCUGCUGAAGGGCAAGGUCACCUUCGCCGUGUGGCAAGGUGCCAGGAAACAUGUCGCUUGCCUACGGACGAUCAAAAGUCUUAUUAAUAACAUGAUCAUUGGCGUCACGAAGGGUUUCCAAUACAAGAUGCGCGCUGUGUAUGCCCACUUCCCUAUCAACUGCAUCAUACAGGAUACCGGAGCAGCACUGGAGAUUCGUAACUUCUUGGGCGAGAAGAUUGUGCGACAUGUCAACAUGCUGGAGGGUGUUACGGUCUCAGAGUCAAAAGCGCAAAAGGACGAGCUGAUCUUGGAGGGCAAUGACGUUCAGAACGUCUCGCAGUCAGCGGCAUCCAUUCAGGGUUUGUGCCGCGUACGGAACAAGGAUAUCCGCAAGUUCUUGGACGGUAUCUACGUUUCAGAGAAGGGAACCAUUUUGAAGCAGGAUUGA